UUGCGAACUUGUGCGUGUCAGUUUUUCAUCGGCUUGGACGAGUGAUAAACGUGUGUGGUGUUGAAAUUAUCGUUUAAAAAUUAUUUACUCGUAGAUAGUCGAGCUUGAAGCUCAAUUUAAUUAUGUGAGAUUGUUGCUAUCUUAUCUUAUCCUUAUAUAAAUCGAACACUUCGAAUCGUUAGUGAGAGUGACUAUUCCGUUCAUUGCGCUUUGUUGUGUGCCGUGUUUGUUUUGGUUCCUGUGCGUGCUAGUGUUUUAAUUGUUAUUUAAUUUGGAGUAAAAUAAACGUGAAGAAUGAACUUAUCAUUCGCUGGUUGUGGUUUCCUCGGUAUCUAUCACGUGGGGGUAGCUGUGUGUUUCAAGAAGUAUGCCCCACACUUGCUUUUAGGGAAGAUAUCUGGUGCAUCGUUUGGGGCACUCUCAGCAUGUUGUUUACUCUGCGACUUGCCCAUAGGUGAACUCACCAGUGAUGUGCUACGGGUAGUCGGUGAGGCCAGGGCAGGCUCCCUUGGCCCGUUCAGCCCAUCAUUCAACAUACAGAAUGUCCUCCUUGAAGGCAUGGAGAAGUACUUGCCCCAUGACGUCCACAAAAUCGUCAGCGGCAAACUCCACAUAUCCUUGACCAGAGUGUAUGACGGACAGAAUGUUAUAGUAUCAGAAUUCCCUACAAGGGAAGACCUUAUGCAAGCGCUGCUAGCAUCCUGCUUUGUGCCAGUAUUUUCGGGGCUGCUCCCACCGCGGUUCCAUGGGAUCCGAUACAUGGACGGCGGCUUCAGCGAUAACUUACCAGUCUUGGAUGAAAACACGAUCACAGUGAGCCCUUUCUGCGGCGAAAGCGAUAUCUGCCCAAGAGAUUUGAGCUCACAACUAUUCCAUGUAAACCUAGCGAAUACCAGUAUAGAACUGUCAAAGCAGAACAUAAACCGUUUCGCUCGGAUCCUCUUCCCUCCUAAACCGGAGACCCUCAGCAAUAUGUGCAAGCAGGGCUUCGACGAUGCCCUACGAUUCCUCCAAAGAAACAACAUGAUCUCCUGCACGAGGUGCCUGGCUGUCCAGUCGACAUUCCAACUCCAGGACGUUUUGGAUGACACGACUAACGAAUUUGAUCCGGACUGCGAGGAAUGCAAGACACAUAGACAGGACGCCCUAGUGGACGACUUGCCAGACACAGUGAUGACGAUAUUCCAAAACGCGAUCGACACGGCGAACAGCGGUAUAGUCAACUGGGUGAUGCGACAGCGUGCGAUGCGGUACCUAUCAGUAAUGGCACUGCCCUACAGAGUUCCCAUCGACGUCAUGUAUGCUACCUUCACCAAAUUUGUAUCAUGCACACCAAAGAUGAGCAAGUCUCUGUGGAAACUCAGUUGGAACGUGCUGCAACAACUGCACGGGUUCGUGUACUCAGCCCACGACAGGUCCGAAGCCGCCGCGAAGAUAUACUACAAGCUCACAAUGGACUCCAAGAAAGAAGGCAGCGAUGGCUACCAGCUGGACAGGAGGCGAGCCAGCGAAUUCCGUAUCUCAUACAGCGACGUCCGCUACGAUGAAGGCGACACCUUCGAGCACAUCCUCAGCGUGACGUCACACAACGAGGCUCUCCUCGCGUACUACUACCUCGACAGUGAUAACAAGAUGAAAAUGACAGAGAUAUACGACGUGACUGACGCAGACACAGAAGCGGUGCAGUCGCCUAUGGAACGAGACCUCAACCACCAGUUGGAGUUCGACAACGACUGGUCCGCAGACCUUAUAGCGGACAGCGACGAACUGGACAUCCAAGGCUUAGACGACGACGACGACCUAGCCGACCGUAAUAUCUUCUCGGACCCCGAGAGCGAGUGGGCCGGUCGUCGGACCCACUCUAACACCUCCGAGAGCGACGGAGAACAACCGGAGUCCGACCAAUACUCGGUAGGGCGGUCCAAUUUACUAGAGCAUAUCGACUGCGAGCGUUUGGCCAAGACUGUGAACAAGCGCGCGGUGAUCCUAACAAACUUCAUGCUGACCAACCUCUUGGAGGCGACUUCGCAGCUGCUGUCAAACACCACACUGCUAACAAGCCUACUGCUGGAGGGUCUACCGCUGAAGAUACCUUACCUGAACCCGCUGUGUGAGGCCUUACUAGCCAACAAUUCUCUCCAACACUUGUACCUGCCACGAUGUCUGAUCGGCGACGCGGGUUGUCUGGCGGUCUGCAAGGCAGUGCGGUGUCUGCCCAAUGUCCUGACGCUUGACCUCUCGGGCUGCGAGCUGACGCCACUCGGCGCGGGGUAUAUAGCAGAUUUAAUUAAGUAUCAAAAGAUCCAUCGGUACAGCGAAAACUGGAUCCACACGUUGCGCUACCGAAUGCCAGAGUUGGAUACGAUGGCAGGGCUUCGGCGGAUCACGUUAUGCGGCAAUACACAGCUGAACGAUUUAGGCGCAGCGAAACUUUUCGAGGUGCUGGCUGACGAUUUAUGGAUCAAAGCUGUGGACGUUCAGAACUGCGGCCUGACAGAGCAGAGCGCAGCCACUGCCUUGCAUAUGAUGCAAUCGAACACCACUAUGGUAAUACUAGACAUAAGACACAACGCCGAUAUUUGCAUGGAGUCGCUGUCCAAACUGCGAGCUGCUCUGAGGGAAAACGAGAGAGGAGCGGGAGGACAAUAUUCAUGGCUUGGAAACGUGAGCGGGUGUUCCAUAGACGGCAGAUCGGUUAAAUCAGUUGCUUCCAAAAAUGGAGUAAUAAAAGACCGCAUCCCGACGAUUGGAAAGAAUAUCCCAGCUAAAUUCGUUACUAAAGCUAAUGUAGUUAAAAAAGAAAAGGAAUAUGCAGAAGUAUUGGAAGAGCAGCUACAGGAAGAGAUAUCACAUCGACAGCAGCUCGAAGAAUUGAAUCUUCAGCUUGUCGAUCAAAUGAAACAGCUCAAGCAACAACAGAUACGAUUAUGGGCGAACGGCGCCACGUCUUCAGGUUCGGAGCAAUCUUUCCAAGCCAGUUCCCGGUCUGGAGACCUUUCAAGCAGUUCUGGGUCGACCAGUUCUGUGCCCAUUGACCAGAACACGCUAUCCUACAUACAACAAGCGUUCAAGGACAUCUAUGCAUUUAUCAAGAACAACCAGUGUCAUGGGCAAUGUCUCCACGAGACGUCAAAAGAGAAAGCGCUGGAUGAACAUCCAGUGGAAGAGGUGAUAGCUGAAAUAACGGAAAUUGAAGAGUUUGAGACGAAUGAGCUCCGCAUCAACAUUGUGCCGAAGAAGGCACAGAGUUCCCACCAGAAGUUGACGGAGAACACUAACAAGAACAAGAUGACGAAGUCCGCGCAUUUGUUGGGAGAUACACAGCGUGCGGAAAGACAGAGAGACAGUGUAGAGAUGAAACCAGAGAUGUUCGAAAGGCACAUGGGAGACACGAAAAAUUCGCACGGUGAAGAGAGCACUACAGAAGAAAUGAUAGCAUCGCAGGUCAAACUCAAAAAGGGAAAGAACAGCAACGAACAUAAUAAUAUCACGAACGGCAGUAUAUACGCGUCAAACAAGGGCAGCUCGUGUAGCAGCGUGGUAAGCGACUCAUCCGACACGCUAGUCUCGCCGCGAACGCAGCGCGCCGCGCCCGCGCCCGCGCCCAACCCCCGCGAAGCGCUCUACUCCUCCACAGACGAGGACAGCGACUGACUUUUGUACAACGUUUACUUUUAACACACGUUUAUGUAUGGAGAAUUAAAUGAUGC